AUGGAUUGUUGGAUGGAUUUGGACCUGGGCGCUGGAACAACUCUGACAAGGCACAUACCAGAGGAACUAAUCGAUAAGAUGCUCAAUCUUCUCUGGGAUGAUCAAGAAGCACUAAAGCAGUGCUCUCUCGUCUCUCGCUCCUUUCUAUGUACUUGCCAAAAGCUCAGUUUUGAGUGCAUCCGGUUAGAGGAGAUACCGGACGAUGUCGAUGAUUGGGCCGGUCAUAUUCUCAGAGAUUCGCGACCAACAAUGGCGGAGCGACUCGAGCUUCUCCUCAAGUCAUCGCCGCACCUUGCGCUACUCAUCAAAGACCUCCACAUCGUUGACCAGUCCGACCUAUGUACUUGGGGCAGCUGGCUCACAGAUGACGAGUCUUUACCUUUCAUUCUUCCACUCCUUGUCAAUCUAGAACGUUUUUAUAUCGCUAGCGGCAUGAAGGACCCAGAUUAUAUCUACCUAACACACCUCCCAAAGCCUGUACAAGAAGCGUUCUUCGCUACCUGGCGGUUACCCAAAUUGACACACAUUGCGAUCGCGCGUAUCACUUUUGGGUCAUUCAAGGAUGUCCUCCUGGUAAUCUCGCAAUCCAGUCACUCGGUACGGAAUAUCGCCCUCUGCAUGGUCGAUGGCGAAGAAGACCGAGAGGUCAAUGGCAAUCACGAUAGGGACAUUAAUGGCCAAUUGAUCAUUCCAAGGCCAUCUAGUACUCGUCAUAUCGAUUCCUUGACAUUUACUUCAUUUGGGGAACAUUUCACAGAAUUUUAUACAUGGCUGCUCAGUCCCGAGACAAAAUUUGUGUGGUCUUCGCUGCACAAGUUACAUUUCUAUAUUCGUGGAGAAUUCACAUUUCAGGAAGAUCUCUCUGUCUUCCGUCGCAUUCUCACAGCGAGCCCUUCAGUCGAAGAACUGCAUGUUGUAAUGUAUGAGUUGUUCAGAUUCGAGGGUAGGAAUACCUGGACAGAGUCUGGCCCUCAAGAGCCUAUCGAUAUUUCGUCCAUUCGGGUCCUUCAUUUGGUAACUGACCUCUUUGGUUCAGGUCUUUCGAUCUUGGACUGGUGGUGUGACAACCUCGCCUCAGCCCCAUCCCUGGCUCUCGAAGAUCUCGAGAUAUACGUUUUCCCCGCCUACUCCUGUCGUCCCGCAGCUGCGUUGGAUUUGAUACGGCGUCUGGACAAAAUAUUAUCCUCCACGGAACGGGAUAUUAACUUGAAGAUCCGAAUACUCCCAACGCGCAAUGACAACCUCUGCCUUGUUCCGGAGGAUUUAAGGCACUGCUUUACAGGAUUGAGGGCCAAAGGCAGAUUGGAGGUUGAUUGUGUGGAUGACGACGGGUUGAAGGCGUACACUGGUUAUGAGGAAGACAUUUAA